UUUGUGUGUAUAAAUGAUGCGGGGAUUGAGAAGGGAUAAGGGGUUUGAAAACUUGUUAUGGGGGGAGCUGCUCAUCUCUUGAGCUACGGAAUGCUGCCAGGCAAACAGUUGCCAAGCUUCUGCAGCGAAACUCCACUAUUUGCAAAAAAUGUGAUAUCCGGAGCUGAUAACAUACUCAGCAGCAGGACUAGCCUAGAAUCACAACAAAUGGCGCCGAGCAAUAAGUAUCGGAUGAAGGUUCAUGCAGUUAGGAGGAGAAGAGCAUAUCUGAAAUCAGACACUUACGUGCUGCUGGAACCUGGAAAAGCCGAAGAGUUUGUUACCGAGGAAGAACUAAAGCUUAGGUUGAAGACUUGGAUAGAAAACUGGCCUUCUGAUGAGCUGCCGCCCGAUCUAGCCAAAUUCGGUACGAUUGAUGAUGUUGUUACUCACCUCAUCAGGUCUGUUUGCGAGCUUGAGAUCGAUGGUGAAGUUGGCUCUGUGCAAUGGUAUCAAGUACAACUAGAAUGAGAUCAAGUCCAGCUCCAAAAAUUAGCUUUAACUUCUUGUUACUAGAUCCUCUUUAAUAUCAUGUCAAUUUUAUGUAAAUGCACAAUUGAGAGCAGAAUGUGAAGCUGUAACCUAAACCAAUUUAUAUGUCAAAUCUUUUUUGAUAGAGGUAUGAAAUACUUUAUUUUGUGAGUUUA